CUUGGUAGCAACAUCUUGCACUGCAAUUGCCCGUCGUCACUUUUUACUGCACUGGCUCGGUCUCGGUGUCUGUGGGUGUGUGUGCUAACUGUACUACUGCUACCUUAAUCGAUACGAACUGGAGCUGGCCUCCUGGACACACCACGCACUAAGGACACCGCUCUACAGGACAGGUGCCUACUCCUUCGCCCUCUUUUUCCACCUCGGAUCACCCCAAACGUGCUUUUUCGUUCCUCGUACUACUACCCUCAUCAGCUCGCUGGGAGAGCUGUGCAUCCAGUCUGCCUUCAUCUCCUUCCCCCUCUUGGACCUUCCAGGGACAGAUCACCCAUCGGGAUUGCUCGAGCAUGCUGGUCGCCUCCGAGAAUAGAUUGCAUUUGUAACUUGCUGCAUCGUUUUUACUUGUAGCCUUGAUCCUGCACCAUUCACCCGCUCGCUCGCUUGAGCCACUUCCACCAAGAUGCGCCCUCGUCGGAACACUGUCCUCUCGACCAGCCCGUCCAUGUCCUCGGCGGACUCAAUCACUUCAAGUCCUAUUGCUUCAUCCAACGAGAGUAUACACGAGAAGACGUUUGAUGGCUUCCCGGACUCGCCCACUUUGCCACUGCCGGCAACUACAAAGGAGAACUGGACGAAACCGAGGAGGGACAAGGCCAUGGUGGUGAAGACACUGCUGGCAGUGUGUGGGGUGGUGAUGUUGUGGCAGUAUCUGUCCAUGUCCUCCUGGUUGCAUUCGCACAACGCAUCAGCAUCAGCAUCAGCAUCAGUACGGACGGAAUCGCAAUCCCGGACGCAAGCAGAUAUGGAGUGGAUUGCUGCCAAUGCACUGCCGGACGAACCCACCGCUCUCGUGGUGGCAGAUCCUGUGGGAACCUCUCGCUGGACGAUUUCCAUUCCUCACAACUACACCUUCCCCUUGCCCACGCACUACUACAAGGACAUGUGCUCGCAGGGGGAUACGAUGCGAGCUGGUCUGAGCGUCGAUUCGGGAUAUUCCCAUGCUAAGCAUUGGUGGCAGCGAAGUGGAUACUUUGCCACAGACCCCACAUAUCUGGACAUCAAGGAGGCCGAGGACCUGGGCGCGCUGCCCAAAUCGAAGGGGGAUAGUUCGAAUGUCUGUGAACGCAGUAUGACUUUUGUGCUCGAUGACAAAGAGGCCAGCUUCGGCAAAACGUUGCUGCUGUUGUGGAUGAGCUAUGGACUCGCCCAAGAGGAAGGUCGAUCGUUCUUCAUUGACGACUCCACGUGGGCCUGGGGCAAGUUCUCCGCCUAUUUCCGACCACCACCUGCACCGCAAUGCGCUCGACCGCCGCCACAUCAAAUCGUGCCCUGCCCGCACAGUGCGCGACAUGUGGCCGUGUCUUCCACAACGGCACGCUGGACUUUUGGCCGAUCAUUCGAAAAGGAGUUUCGGGCAACGCACAAGCAUGGCCUGGCAUCUCAGCGUCGCAUCUUCGACUUGGCACGAGCAGGCUACAAAGCCCUGUUCGUGCUGACCGGCGAAGACGCACUCUACGCUGCAUCGCGCAUCGCCAAGCUCCAAGACGACGCCACCGCGCACCACGGCUCUCUCGUGGGCAUGCAAAUCCGGCGAGGGGAUUUACAUCCCUUUGAGUACGAGUACAACGGGGACUACCUGCCUCUCGAACGCUACGCCGCCGCCGCACGAUCUCUGUUACAGUCCGGUCACGACACUGCCGCCGCCAGCGGUCUCAACGACCCGGAGCACAUCGGCUCUCCUUUAGUGCUCGCAUCCGACGAUCCGCGCAUUCUCGACGCCGCAGAACUCCAGCAAGCCGCAGCGCCCUUUACUGUACAAAGAGCGCAAGAGCGAAUCCAACUCGCCACCAAAGACGUUCUCGACCAGAGUUCUCCCAAAACUCCCGAACGCGCCCCCGGAUCCGCAUACGUCAAGCACGUCGACGAAAACACCGGUUGGGAAGGCGGGUUCUUCAGCGGACUUUUCUUCUCUCUCGGUGGAGGUGGCAGUAGUGGCAGUAACCCUGCAGACGAUCAACGCAUGCAACUUCGCCAUUUGGUCGGUCGAGCGUAUUUACUCGAUUUCGCCGUCCUCGGCGCGAGCGAUGGCGUCGUGUGUGCGAUUAGUAGUGCUACGUGUCGUGCGGUGGCGGUCAUGAUGGGGUGGGAUGCUGUGCGGGAGGGCAAGUGGUUGAAUGUGGAUGAUAAGAGAUCGUGGAGUUGGAAUGGCGGGAGAUGAUAAGAAGAUUGUGUGUGUGUUGUGCAGUCACUGUACAUGUACUGUACAUGUAUGCGAUAUUGUGGACACAAAAGUUGCAUAUUGGAUGAUGACUUGAAAGGGAGGCAUUGGCAUUGGCAUUAAGCAUUGAGCAUAGCGUAGAGCGGCACUUUCAUCUAGAUACCCACCAUUCCCUCUUUUUUGUGAGAACAAUGAUGAAAGAGAAGAGGAAGAAGAAGUAAGAAGUAAGAAGAG